AUGCGACAGCGUCAAACCCAUUUCUACAAUCGACCCGUAGUUCUGGCCGAUAUUUGUGCCCAAGUGGCCAACGGAAUGGCCUAUUUGGAACAGGAACAGUUUGUUCACCGGGAUCUGGCAGCGCGAAACUGUCUAGUCAAAUCCGUCAGUCGGAAUUCGGUUCAUGUGAAGGUGGCUGAUUUUGGCAUGGCUCGAUUUCUUCUGGAUAAUGUCUACGAACCAAGUGCUGGUACCAAGUUCCCCGUUCGUUGGGCUCCACCCGAAGUAUUCCAAUCAACGUACACAGCCAAAGCAGAUGUAUGGAGUUUCGGUGAGUUUGGAACGAGUCAGUGCCCAUUCUGUAACUCCACUCAGCCGAUGUGCUUAAUCGUUAUUCUCUUUCUGUAUUCGACCACCGAUAUCCCCGAAGUAUUGUUCGCGUCUGGUGGGAACAUCGGAUGA